GCCGCGGGGGAGGCGCGGCCGUCUCCGAGCCGCGGCCGCAGCCCCCUGCCCUGGGCGCGGCCACCCACGAUCCCUGGUCCUCCACCUUGCCCCUCGCCCUGCUGCGGGGUACCCGUGGUCCGCUCCCCCUCUGCCCCUGCUCGGCAGCGAGCAGCGGGGGUUCGCGCGGCGCGGGCGCGGGCGCGGCCCCGGGAGCCCCACUACAAGUCCCAGGGAGCUGGCUGGGGAGGGGCGCGCCGGACUCACGCGGGCCGUACGGGGACAGGCGAGGCCCUUUCCCGCCCGGGACCCUGCUGUCUGUGCCGGGCUCGAGCCGGGAAGUCCGGGACAGACGGGCUUAACCCUCGUCCGUGCCUGGUCCCUGGAACACGCUGAGUCGCCCGGACGCCCCUGACUACCAUUGUUGUUGUUGUUGAUACUGGAGCACGAAAUUCCCUGCGCCUCCUCCCCUGCCGCCCCACCCGCUGCUCCUCCUCCGGUUGUAGCACGCCAUUAGGGAAUCUGCGACCUCAUUGUCAGGGGUGCUAGAGUUCGCAUUCAGCCACCAUGGGGAAUGGGAUGAACAAGAUCCUGCCUGGCCUGUAUAUUGGCAACUUCAAAGAUGCCAGAGAUGCAGAGCAAUUGAGCAAGAACAAGGUGACACAUAUUCUGUCUGUGCACGAUAGUGCCAGGCCUAUGUUAGAGGGGAUUAAAUACCUGUGCAUUCCAGCAGCAGAUUCACCAUCUCAAAACCUGACAAGACAUUUCAAAGAAAGUAUUAAAUUCAUUCACGAGUGCCGACUCAGGGGAGAGGGCUGUCUUGUACACUGCCUGGCCGGUGUCUCCAGGAGUGUGACUCUGGUGACUGCGUACAUCAUGACUGUCACUGACUUUGGCUGGGAGGAUGCCCUGCACACUGUGCGCGCUGGGCGGUCAUGUGCCAACCCCAACCUGGGCUUCCAGCGACAGCUCCAGGACUUUGAGAAGCACGAGGUCCAUCAGUACCGGCAGUGGUUAAAGGAAGAAUAUGGAGAGAGCCCUUUGCAGGAUACAGAAGAAGCCAAGAAGAUUCUGGGUAAAUAUAAAGAGCUGGGGCACCCAGAGACCCAGCCUGGCGCCUGGAGGGGCAGCAGCUGUCAGGCCUCACCUCCCCUGGCCUACAGCCACUGUACCACAGAGACCUAAGGCACUGCGGGCGCCCUGGUGUGCCGGUUGCUGCCGCACAGGACAGGAGGGGCAGGUGGCCAUCCAGGUUCCUUCCCAGGACCCCACCCAGCUCCGCCUCAGGCCCCUCCAUCAGCCCUCUCCUGCCCAGCCAAAGCUUGCUGCCAGGCCUAGAGGCUGCCCCGCUGCACCUUUGUGUGGGCCAGUGAGUGUGUGCGCGCGUGCGUAAGUAUCUGUGAACGUGUGAGUGUGUGAACAGUGCUGGCACAGUCACAGGAUCCACACUGCCGGCCUUGGUACCCUACUUUCCCUCUGUCCAAGACUGCAGCGGAAGGCUUUCAAGUUGACCUCUGAGAUACUGCUCAGCCAGAAGUAGCCUACGCCUGUGACAACAGUGAGGAGGGCUCGGGGCCCAGCAGCUGAAAGCAGCCGCCUCCCCCAGAACCCAGGGUUGCCUGGCGGGACAGCAGGGGGCCUGACUGCCUCCUGAGGGUAGUUCCAGGGGCCUUGGAAGGGGCGUGUGUGUGUGUGUGUGUGUGUGUGUGUGUGUGUGUGUGUGUGUGUGUGUGGGGGGGGGUGGUUUGGGUGCUCUGAGCACUGCCUCUCUUAAUGAAAAUGCCCCGGGCUUUGGCCCCCUCAGGUCCCCGGCGGAGUUCUACUUGGUGUUUGAUUUCUGUGGCACUGACUGCAUUUUAGUUCCAUGGGGAGCACUACCCUUCACCCAGAGCACCUUUUCUUCUCCUGUGUGGCCUCACUUCCCCCCAACCUCUCACUGUCCUCACCCGGCAGGAGUCUCUUCCCCAGGACUGGGAAGAAAGAGCCUUCAUUAGGCAUUGUAGCAGUUUGCAUUUAAAAACUCACUUUAAAAAGCCUGAGCACUUAUUAAGCACCUUUGUGUAUGCUGUGGAUUUGAUAUUUGAUCUCAGCUACCUCAUUAAAUGUUUUUUGAAAAGGUG